UUUUGGAUUAAUCUCUAUUGAGGGAAACAACUUAUCUUGACGUAUUUCGAUGUAGAAGCAAGCGCCAAACAAAUUGCUCCAAAUAGCCGUCAACAAGGUUCAGCUAAUUCGGAUAUCAGUGGUAAAGCUGCUCGUUUCCACCUGAUAACAACUCGCAACAGCCAAAAGGGUUAAGGAGUAAGACGAUGGCAAGUGAAAAUGUUUCUGUUGGGGAACAGUUGAGGAACAUAUUAUCGCUUUUAGAAAAAGCUGAACACAGUUUAACCAAUGCGAAAACUUUACUUGAACCCUUACUGGGACAGAUUCCUGCAAGCACAAAUGACGAGCCAUUACGAAAUAUUAAAGGCCGUACAAGGUCAAGGGCAGAUAGUGGCUACACAGAGUCAGUGGAUUCUGCAGUUAUCAAUCCUACGUCAGUGACUUCAAUUUCGCUUGCCAUUGACAAUCUUCAAGUAAUACCUGAAAUAUGUCCAAGACCGAAAGUUGAAAAUUCUUCUGAGCUCGAGGACAUUCAGACACCACCAGUAUUAAUGCGUUCAAGAUCUGAAAGAGACAACCUAUCUAAUUCAGGACCAGUCCCGUACAGACGUUCCGGCUCGGAACACGAUGAUCGGUGCAGAAGGAAGGAGUCUGAUGAAGAGACCAGUAGUUAAAAAGAAAAAAAAUAUAUCGUUUCGAAACGGUAACAUUUACACAAUUAUUGUUGAUAGUAAUGUUACAAAACGUUUUUCCCAUAACAUAUAAAAUAUCUGUGACAUUUCACGAUGUUUUCAUUAUCAUGAUCAUCUACUCAUUAUAACAAACAUUUCCUGGAGAAGUGUCAUCAGAAUUUGUGUUAUAUACUACCAAAGCGCAACGUGAAAAUAUAAUAAACCACGCGUACUGAUGCGUUCAAGAUCGGAAGGAGACUAUUCAUCUAAUUCAGGACCAGUCCCGUAUAAACGUCCCGGCUCGGAACACGAUGACCAGUGCCGUAGGAAGGAGUCUGAUGAAGAGAGCAGCACUUAAAAAAGAAAUCAAAAUAAUAAUAUAUUAAGAUAAAAAGUAUCGUUACGAAACGGUAAAAUGUACACAAUUAUUGUUGAUCGAAAUGUUACGUUAUCUUUUUUACAUAAAAUAUAAAACAUCUGUUACAUUUUGCGAUGUUUUCAUUAUCAUGAUGACCUACUCAUUAUAACAAACAUUUCCUGGACAAGUUUCAUCAGAAUUUGUGUUAUAUACUACCAAAGCGCAACGUGAACAAAUAAUAUAGAAAGCCGUGUCGAGCACGACGGAGGGCAGAGAGUCGUUCUUCAAUUGGCCACGACGCCACAAAAUAGGUGGAAGUUGAAAAGAAAAUAGACUGACGGGUCAGUAUACCUAGAUGAGUAAGGACGUUAUAUCGUUGAUGAACAGGAUUAUAGCGGCACGUUUUCAGCACAGAGUGCAGUCGAAUUGACCAGGACCGUACCACACAUGUGCAAUGUCUUCCUCAUGUUUUUCAAAAUUUAAUCUUAAAAACGAAUGUCCACGAACAAUCAAAAUAUUUUAAAAAAGAAUGAUACUUAAGUACCCUUUUUAUAGACCUUCAAUAACAUGCAGUAUUAAACUAGUUAAUUAGCAGUUGAGUUGAAAAGCUGAGUGUACCGGAAACAAAUGUGUCGACAGCUGAACACAAAAUAGAGAGGUGAUCCGAAUGUGCGGUAUACCAAUAUAGUAUAAUUGUUCCAUUCGGAACACAAACUCAACAACAAUCCGGUAUUAUAACUUUAAAAAUUAUAUAUAUAUUUGAACUAGAACACAUGGUAUUUUUCUUGAACCUUUAUGAAUUCAUCCACACUGGUAAAAUAAUGCAUAUGCACGUGUUUUCCUUGUAUGUUUCCUGGUGGUUGUGAGACAACUUGGUCAGGCAGAGGGCCGGGUAAACGGUUGAAAUGUCAAAUAUGUUCAAGUUUUUACAGAGUUUAGUCAGUCAA